AUGCCCACCAAACCAACAAUAGCCAUAGCAGGCGGAACAGGCCACCUAGGAAAGCACAUAACCAGCGCGCUCCUCAGCAAGCCCUUCAUCACCUCCUUCACCUCCAUCAUCCUGCUCACCCGCUCGGAAACCGACCCGCCCAACAUCCCCUCCAACCCCAAACUCCACCUGCGCAAAUACACCCCAAGCAACCUCGCGCAAGCCCUAACCGACGUCGACAUCCUCAUCAACACAAUCGGGCCCUCCGGUCACAGCUUCAAGGAGGCCCUCCUGCGCGCCAUCCCCAAAACAAAUAUUAAGUUGUACCUUCCCUCCGAAUUCGGGGUAAACCACUACAUCCACGACUUCCCGCAUCUAGAAUGGGACGCUAAGAAGCGGCAUUAUGCUCUCGCGCGGGAGAUCUUACCUCCCCAGGUGAAGGUGUGUCGGGUAUUUUGUGGACUGUUUAUGGAGGAUAGUAUUGGGCCGUGGUUUGGGUUUGAUACCCGUGGCGGACGGUAUGAGAGUGUGGGGUCGUCCGGGGAGCAGGUUUCGUUUACCGGGUUGGACGAUGUGGGGAGGGUUGUUGCGGGGCUUUGUCGCUCCUUUGCUGAGGGCGAGGUGCCGGAUGUGCUGCAUGUUGCGGGAGAUACGAGGUGUGUUUCUGAUGUUGCGAGGGUCAUGGAGGGGGAGGGGGGUGGGCCGAUUGAGGUCACGGAGGUUGCGUUGGGGGAGUAUAAGGAGAGGGUUACCAGGGUUGUGGGGAGUGAUCCGGCGGCUUAUUUGAGGUUUUUGAUGGGGGAAGGGAAGAUUAAUCAUUCUCCAGCUGGGUUGGGCUGUGAUAAUGAGCUGGUGAAUCCGGGGGAGCGCGUUUGGAAGUGGAAGUCUUUGGAGGACUUGGCCAGGGAGACUCGGGGGAGACCUUGGAAGGAUCUCGAGUGGCCGAGUCCGUGA